AUGGCCAGCCAAACGCCUCUUCCCCGUGUCUCUAUCCAAUUUUGCACGCAGUGUAAAUGGAUGCUAAGAGCAGCAUAUUACGCUCAAGAAUUACUGUCCACGUUCUCGACAGGCCUCGGCGAAGUCGCUCUCCAGCCCUCCACAGGCGGAACAUUUAUCGUUUCCAUCACCCACCAGGCUCCGGGGGCAGAGACCGCCUCCACAAAAACUCUCUGGGACCGACGAGAAGAUGGGGGCUUCCCCGAGACAAAGGAGCUCAAGAGGAGGGUAAGAGAUGUCAUUGAGCCGGAAAGGGAUCUGGGCCAUGUAGACAAGGAUUACGGAAAGACGAAGGAUGGGGGUAAGAAUAAUGAUGAUGCAGUGGAAGAGAAGACAGCCCAGGCCGAGGGGAAGAAGUGCGAGGACUGCCAAUAA